AUGGAUGCUGGAGUUAUUCGAAUCUCACUGUGCAUCCUCCUUUGCAUAUUCAUUUCAGAUCCAAGCACUGCAGCUACACCUCCAAUUGAGAGAAUCCAUCGAAGUCAGAAACUGACAAAUGAAGAAACUGAUGACUUCUUUUCAUCUCCUAUUUAUGAUACUGAGCUAGAUACAGCUCCAGGAACCAUUCCCAUUGUCAAUCCAACCACUCCGACUACAACUACCCCGAUUAUAGGCAGCCCUCCCCCGCCGCCUAUGUUUGGCGGACCGAUGACAAAUCCCACCCCAGUCACAAAUCCUCCAGCAACAUCAGGUGGUGGUGGAGGUGGAGGAUCUUGGUGUGUAGCCAACCCCAACGCCUCACCUGCUUCGCUUCAGGUUGCUUUAGACUAUGCUUGUGGCUAUGGUGGUGCAGAUUGUUCUGCCAUCCAACCAGGUUCCAGUUGCUAUGAUCCAAACACAGUCAAGGAUCAUGCCUCUUAUGCUUUCAAUGACUACUACCAGAAGAACCCUGUUCCAACAAGCUGUGUUUUUGGAGGAGCAGCUCAGCUUACCUCUACUGACCCAAGUUACGGGAACUGCCACUUUGCAUCUUCUAACAGAAACCCAAUGACACCAACAACGACAACACCAAUGACACCAAGUCCAACCAUUCCUGUUACAACACCCAGCACAACUACGCCUAUGAAUCCCUACAGCCCUGGAGGACCAACAGGUUAUGGAUCAGAACCGACGGAUUAUGGUUCAGAACCAACAGGCACUCCCAGCUCUGCAGAGACAAUGUCAUACAACUUACAAUGGCUCUUGGUUAUGACCUGCCUCACUUUAUGGGUUUUCACAGCAAAUUACUUCUAA